AUGACGGCUAAAGUUACCCCGCCGAAACCGAAGACCAAGGAGAAGACAGAGAAACCAAAAGAGAAGAAGAAAAAGGGAGGUCGGUAUAAAUUGAAAUUGAAGGGGUGGCUGAAAACCCCAGCUGAUUGGGAGAGAUUCAAUGCUUGGGCUAAAAUAAAUUCAUUGCCGAGAAAGAUACCAGAGCCGGAACCAGUGAUCCGUACGUCAAAGCCGUUAUGGAAGAUGAAAAAAAGAAUCGACAUCUUAUCAAAACCAGUGGAAAAACCUGACCUAUCUGAGUUAUCUCGGCUUGACCAGAGUGUUUCGAAAAAGGCGUUGAAAGCGAAAGCAUCGAAGCGAAUAAAAAUAAUAGCGCAGCCUGUUAUCAAGCCGAUAGAGAUGCCGCGAGAGUUUCCCCUCAAAAUACGGAAAGCCACGCUUAAUUAUAAACCGACUGAUAACAUAAUAAAAAUCAGCCAGCCCAAGGAUUUCCGCACGGAGGAGUGUAAGGAUCUGGCGGAGACUCUGCGAGCUAAGCAAACGGAGAUGGAAGAAAUGGAUGAGGAGGCCAAGAAGAAACAUCAGAGGGAAUUGUGGGGGGUCAUUAAGAAAGCCAUGGCGUGCCCGGAUCUGUUGUCUGCAGAGCAAAUUGCUCAGCUUAUCACUGAGGGGGGCGUCUAUCGGACUGCUUUUGCUUAUGAACCCACCCCUUGGAUGAAAUUCCUAUCCCUCCCGUCCUAUCGCUUCUUGAGAGCGCGAGAAGAUGACACUGCGAAAGAAUGGAAAGAGUAUUACCUCAGUGAAGUGGAAACUCGGGGGAAACAAGCCCUCAAAGAGCAAUUUGAGCGGGAAGAGAAACGCCGGAAAUUGGAGGAAGAAGCGGCUGCCGAAGCUGAAAGCAAAACAGAUGAGGAAAUACAUGUUCAACAACAACCUGAAGCGACAGCCCUACAGUCUGAAUCACCAGCACCAGAACCUGAUGACGAGGUCCAAGAAGACGUCCCCACGCCCACAGAAACAGUUGAAACAGAAGCCGUUGUUGAGGAGCCAGAAGACGAUUCCGAAGAACAAGAACCGAUUGAAGAUGAAAAUGAAGAAGUCGAAGAAGAAAUAGUUGACGAAAAUGCGGAGCCUGUUGCGCCAGCGGAAGAAGCGGCUAGAAAAGACGAAGAAUCGGUGGAAAACGAAACUGCGAAACCCAAGGCUCAACUCAAGCCGAAGGAGACUAAACCGAAACAGACGAGGUUCAUUCCGAGGCCGACUCCGCUGGCUGAUGACGAGGAGUCCAAGAAGAAGCGAGCCGAGAGGAAUGCCUGGAGGUUCGAGCCUCCACCUUGGAAGGAUGGAGAUCCUCUCAAGGUCAAAGAAUCUGCUCUAAAGGGACCUGCCAUAUGGAAAGAAACUACCACCUGUGCCACCGUAUAAAGAAAAAGAUUGUAAACCUGCCGAUGAAGAAACUCCGAAAGAAGUCGAGAAUGCUGAAAAGACUGAAGAAAAGCCUGAUCCGAUUGUCUUCAAACCUACCAUUGAUCCUUACUUCGACCCGGAAGGGGCUGAGCGGCAAUUGAACGCUAGAAAUGCUAUGAAAAAUAAGAAAGAAGAAAUCAAAGACUCCGAAAAUUCUGAAAACCAAUCUUGAAUACAAGAGUUAACAUAAGAAAAUUAAUUUCUCUUUCGUUAUUGUUUCUGGGGAAUAUUUAUUAAUUUAGUUACGAAUUUUUUAUUUCUAGCAAUUCGUGAUUGAAAUCUCCAUUUUGUAAUUUUGCGCUAAAAAAUAUCACUUUUUUUCAUUCCCCUCAUGGUUUUAAUUAAAUAAAUUUCCGAAUUAUUCACAGUUUAUUGGGCAGAAUUGAAAUCUAUCCACUUGUAUCUUCCGUUUACUUUUGAGUGAAGUAAGUAAAGAAAUGUAUGAUUAAUCUGUGCAACA